AUGGAGAUGGUCGCCGCUACCCUUCGCUUCGCUUUGCUCGCCGCCGCCGUGGCGCUGCUCGCCGUGACAUCUGCCGCUCAGGGCCCCAGCCCCAGCCCCGCUCCCGUGAAACCCCCGACCCCGGCGCCGACGAAGCCUCCCGCCGUCGCCCCCGUCACCCAGCCCCCGGCGCCGACGAAGCCUCCCGCAGUCGCUCCCGUCACCCCGCCCCCGUCCGUGGCACCCCCGGUUUCCCCUCCAGCUUCCACCCCGCCCUCUCCCUCUGUUUCCACGCCUCCGUCGGAGGCUCACGCCCCCUCCCCUCCCGCUCCGCCGCCGGCCGUCCCACCUUCCUCAGCCCCCACGUCGCCGCCUUCGGGCAACGGCGCGGCCCCCAUGACCAUCAGCUGGAUCGCCGUGGCCGGCCCGGCGCUCGCCUUGCUCGCUGUCUAGAUCCGUGCAUGCUCCGCCUAGCUCGACUUCUGCCGUCGGGUCUUGAUCGGACGGUGGCCUCUUUUUGUCCUUAUUUUUCGCGUGAUUAUUGUAUUAUUAAUAUAUAAUGAUUGUUGUGGGUUUUUUUGGACUUUUGACUGUAGACAUGUGAAUGUGACUGUACCAAUGCUGCUUAGUUUAUUCCUAUCUUUAUUUUACCA